GCCAAUCGUUUCAGAUUACGCAUGCCCACCCAGUAACAAAAACCAUCUCACGGUAUCUUCAUUGAAUCCAAGUUCAAAACAACAAACUCAGUAUCUAAAGUCAGCAAGACACAUGACUUGUCUCCAACACUAUCGUCCUCACUUGUCAUAUUUGUACAACACAUCGCAAUACUCUUUAUAGAUCCAUUAACUCUCAUACACAAUCUUAAAAAACUGUGUGGCUCCUUGUUCUACUUGCGGGGUAAUCAUGGACGAAACUAAAAGCACAGAACCAAGUGAAUUUUCAAGUCCUCUGCUUCCCAUAGGAGCACAAGGGUAUGGUGGCAACCAUGGCAAUGACUAUGAGGAAAAGAGGCAGAAAGAAACUUGGUCGGUACCACCUAUUCUUAUACUUACCACUCUUGUUGCUGUCUCUGGUUCUUACGUUUUUGGGUCGGCUGUGGGAUAUUCAUCUCCUGCUCAGACUGGAAUCAUGGAUGAUCUCAAUGUUGGUGUGGCCGAGUAUUCACUUUUUGGAUCAAUACUGACAAUUGGAGCAAUGAUAGGUGCCAUUAUAAGUGGUAGAAUAGCGGAUUAUGCAGGUCGACGAACACAGGCUAUGGGGUUCUCUGAAGUAUUCUGCAUCUUGGGAUGGCUUGCCAUAGCAUUCGCAAAGGUUGGUUGGUGGCUUUAUGUUGGAAGAUUGUUUGUGGGAUGUGGGAUGGGCCUUCUAUCCUAUGUGGUACCUAUUUAUAUAGCUGAAAUAACACCCAAGAAUCUUCGAGGGGGAUUCACCACGGUUCAUCAGUUAAUGAUUUGUUGCGGGGUAUCAUUAACUUAUCUUGUUGGAGCAUUCUUGAAUUGGCGGAUUUUGGCUCUAUUAGGAAUUAUUCCAUGUAUUGUGCAACUUUUGGGUCUAUUCUUCAUUCCUGAGUCUCCUAGGUGGCUGGCAAAAUUUGGUCACUGGGAAAGGAGUGAAUCUGUAUUACAGCGCCUUAGAGGAAAAAAUGCUGAUGUUUCUCAAGAGGCCACUGAAAUUAGAGAUUUUACAGAAGCCCUUCAGAGGGAAACAGAAAGCAUUAUUGGCUUAUUUCAAUUGCAGUAUUUGAAGUCACUUACUGUAGGAGUUGGUCUGAUGAUACUACAACAGUUUGGAGGGGUUAACGGCAUUGCUUUUUAUGCAAGUUCUAUAUUCAUCUCUGCUGGGUUUUCGGGAAGUAUUGGAAUGAUAGCAAUGGUUGCUGUUCAGAUCCCAAUGACAGCUUUGGGAGUACUUUUGAUGGAUAAAUCUGGGAGACGACCACUUCUGCUGAUCUCUGCAUCGGGAACAUGCUUAGGAUGCUUCCUUGCAGCCCUAUCAUUCACCUUACAGGACCUACAUAAAUGGAAGGAAGGAAGUCCCAUUCUCGCGCUUGCUGGUGUACUGGUAUAUACAGGAUCAUUCUCUCUUGGCAUGGGGGGAAUCCCCUGGGUUAUAAUGUCUGAGAUAUUUCCCAUUAAUGUGAAGGGCUCUGCUGGAAGUCUUGUGACUUUGGUUAGCUGGUUGUGUUCUUGGAUUGUAUCAUAUGCUUUUAACUUCCUCAUGAGUUGGAGUUCCGCGGGAACCUUUUUCAUAUUCUCUAGCAUAUGUGGCUUCACCAUUCUAUUCGUGGCAAAACUAGUACCAGAGACGAAGGGGCGAACUCUAGAAGAAGUUCAAGCAUCUCUGAAUCCAUAUUCAACAAAGACAUGAAAUUGGCAUGAUCCUGUAGCAGAAUUGCAUGAAUAAUUAAUCCAUUAACAAAUUCCUAAGUGCCAGAUGAUGGAUGAUGAAUUAAAGAUUUUACGGAACAAGAUUGAUCGCGUUUAUGAUGCAGAAUGUGUUUAGUUGAACCUGUGCUCCUAGAUUUGAUCAUUAUGGUCCCUCAUUCAAGAGCAUUUCAAUAUCAGUUCCUUGAUGUAGUUGCUAAAAAUAAAUUAAAUUGGAAGGGGGAAUUUGGACAAUUUAUAUUGAUUAAAAACUGAAUUGCCAGAAAUUGCUUGUGAGCGAUGAAUUUCGUCACGAGAGCAAUACAUGUGUGCAAUGCGCUAGUUGGCACAUCCUUUACCCUUACGUGCAGAAAUACAUCCUUUUUGAAAGUUUUCCUUGA